AUGCUGCUACUCUUGCCACCAUCUCCCUCGCUCCCCAUCACUCGCAAAUCCGGGCAGCCGUUGCUUAAACUACGUGUCAUGGCCAAGCAAAACAAAUCGGAAGGAAGCCCUACGGAGACGGUCGCCUCCCUGGGCGGGCUCGUGGCCAUCCCUGUAAUUGGGUGGUCUCUUUACACUCUCAAGACAACGGGCUGCGGGCUUCCGCCCGGCCCUGGCGGAUCUAUUGGCGCGCUAGAAGGAGUGAGCUACCUCUUGGUGGUGGGCAUCGUUGCUUGGUCACUGUACACCAAAUCAAAAACGGGUUCAGGCCUUCCUAACGGGCCGUUUGGUUUGUUGGGAGCUGUCGAGGGCCUGUCCUACCUAUCCUUGCUCGCAAUUAUCCUUGUUUUCGGACUGCACUACUUUGAGCAGGGUUCCAUUCCUGGCCCGCUUCCCACUCAACAAUGCUUUGCUUGA